ACGCACCUCUACAUAAACCGCUACAGAUCCAGAAGCAGCUCCCCGCGCAGCUGCACUCGGGCCCGCUGCCGGGCUCCGAUAGCUCUCCGGGCCCGCGGGGUCCGCCGGGCUCUUUAAGCGGCCCCGCCCGGCCCUGCCCGCAGGCCUCCCCGCAGGCCUCCCCACCGCCGCGGCCUCUCCCGGCCGCGCAGGCCGGCCCAUGUCCGGGGAAGGGGGCGGUGGGCCGGAGGCCGGUGCCGGCUGCCCGCGGGCGGUGGCGGCGCUGGGGACCGCGGCGGGGCUGCUGGCGGCCCUCUCCUUCCUGGCCUUCGGUCUGUACUGCUGCUACGUGAAAUACAUCCACGCCAAGUACGACCAUAUUCCCGGCGCCCCGCGGGAGAGCUUUUUAUUUGGACAUCUGCCGAUCUUGUGGAGAAUGCUGAGGAAACAGGAGUUUAUGCAUGAUCUCUUCCUGGAGUGGGCAGAGAAAUAUGGACCUAUUGUACGGCUUAAUGCCUUUCACAGAGUCUCAGUAAUGAUUCUGAGUCCUGAAGGAGUGAAGGAGUUCUUGAUGUCACCACAGUACCCAAAGGAUCGUCUGGUGUACGGUCGUAUCUACAGCUUAUUUGGUGAGAGGUUUCUAGGGAAUGGCUUGGUAACUGUUUGCAACCACGAGCAUUGGCACAAGCAGCGGAAGAUAAUGGAUCCAGCUUUCAGCCGAACCUACCUGAUUGGUCUGAUGGGAACUUUUAAUGAAAAAGCAGAGGAGCUGAUGGAGAAGCUAGAGGAAAAGGCAGAUGGAAAAAAAGAGUUCAGCAUGCUGACGUUGAUGAGCCGGGUGACUAUGGAUAUCGUUGCAAAGGUAGCCUUUGGCUUAGAGUUAAACACACUGAGCGAUGACCAGACACCUUUCCCACAUGCUGUGACUGUGGUUUUGGAGGGAAUGACCAAGGCACGCAUCCCCUUCUUGCAGUAUAUACCAGGGAAACGGAAGCUGGUAAAGGAGGUCAAGGAGAGCGUGAGGCUGCUGCGGCGUGUGGGGAAGGAGUGCAUUGACCGAAGGAGGGAGGCUGUUCAGAACGGGAAGGAAGCCACACUGGAUAUUCUGACACAGAUACUGAAAGGAGAUGCUCUGGAGGAAACUAGAGAUGAUGAAAACAUCCUGGAUAACUUUAUCACUUUCUUUGUUGCGGGUCAUGAAACCACUGCCAAUCAGCUGUCAUUUACAGUAAUGGCACUGGCUCAGCAUCCUGAAAUACUGGAAAGGCUUCAGGCUGAAGUGGAUGAUGUUCUUGGUGCCAAGAGAGAUAUUGACUAUGAGGAUCUUGGCAAACUCACCUACUUAUCACAGGUUUUGAAGGAAUCACUGCGGCUGUACCCACCUGUCCCAGGGACAGUGCGCUGGAUGGAGAAGGAGCAUGUCAUCAGUGGUGUCAGAAUUCCUGCAAACACAGUGCUUGUUUUCAGCACUUAUAUAAUGGGAAGGAUGGAGAGAUAUUUCAAGGAUCCACUCACUUUCAAUCCAGACCGAUUUAGCAAAGAUGCACCUAAGCCAUAUUACUGCUAUUUUCCAUUCUCUCUGGGACCCCGAUCCUGCAUCGGGCAGGUGUUUGCACAGAUGGAGGCUAAAGUGGUGAUGGCAAAGCUGCUGCAGAGGUUUGAAUUCCAGCUGGUACCAGGGCAGAGUUUUAAACUCUUGGAUGCUGGAACCCUGAGGCCACUAGAUGGAGUAAUGUGUAAAUUAAAGCCAAGGGUCCCUGCAGGAGCCUGCCAGGCCUGACUACUCGGGAAAGGGGCAUGACGUGGUAGUGGUAGCAUUUCUUCUGAAUUUGAAGAUCUUCACAGUAAUCGAAGGCUAGAUUUUGCAGGCCCCUUUAGAGUAUUACUAGACUGAAAUUUCUCGUAGACUUCCUCAUAAUUUACUAAAACAAACUUCAGGAGAGUCACUUUGAGUGACUGAGUAUCUUUGAUCUGGAAGUAUACCUGGAAUUGCGAAGCCUGUUAUUUCCCUGGGGGACUCUUUGGUUCUGACCAGACUUGGAAAAGAACAUCCUUUCACUGGAAUAUCCCUGGAGCUCCACACAAUCCUACACUCAAAUCCCAACUGAUAGUUUCCACUAACUUGACUUAUAACACAACAUGGUCUAAGCAAGCCCUUGUUUGGGGAAUUUCAUAGUAGAGCUCAAGGUUUGGGCUGAACGUGGGAAGAUAAGUUUAGAGCCAUUCUCUUGGUUAAAUUAAUUUUCCCCUCAUUCCUCUACAUGAGAAGAAUGAUAGGAGCAAUCUGGAACAAAAAUCAGACACUUUGGCCACUAUUUUUCCCUGUUGCUUCUGCCUCAUUUUUCUUUAGUCUCCUACUUCCAAUAUUUUUCAGAGUGUAGAUUCCCAAUCCACGCUGUAGAAAGGGGUUUUCCUACUCCUCCUACCCCUCCCCACAGCCCAUGCUUAUUCUCCUGAGAUGCUGUUCUUUUGGGGGUGGGUCUUGCUGGGUUCAUUUUAAUCUGGUUCAUUUUUCCCAUCUGGCUCACCGCAAAGGUACAUGAAUGCUUGGACCAGGUGGUCUAGUAGGUACAGCGGGGUUGGAAGUAAGUACCUGGAACCAAAUGCUGCUUAAAAUUAUAUUGCUGCUGAAGAAACACCCGUGCAACUUGAGACAGAGGCAGGAGGAGGUCCUGCAUCCCCUUUUUCUGCAGCUGUGCCAAAAUUGUUGGCAGCAUGCAAGCUUGCAGCCUGGCUCUGCUAGGGAAAAAAUGAUCAUGUGAAAAUGCCACCUUCUAGAAAUAGGUGGAUAUUUAAUAUGAGUUUGGGCCCUGAAAUACAAAUUCAAGACAUUUGGUGCUGCCACUGUUAUUUCUUACCUGUUUGAAUUAAAAGGGUAAGAGCCUGGUCUGUUCAGUGAAGUUCCCACAGUGGUUUCCAUAUCAGCAGAGAAGCAUCCCAGAGCUUUCCCCGAUUCUGCUACUGCUGUGCACAAUCUCACUCAGUGCAGCAGUGGGAUAAUAAGCCAAUAAGGUUGAUGUGGAUUUCGAUAACAUUAUAGAGUGUAUUAAUAUGACUUAUACCAAGAGGUACCAAUACUUGUAUUGCUAGGCAAGGUUUAGUCCAUCUGUUGGUAGACCAGCUCUUCAAUCCUUUGUGCUGAAGAUCUGUUUAUAUCCUCCCAGAUGUUAAUAAAAUCUGAUUGGGAAAA